UUCCAAACGGGCCAAAAUACCCAAAUUGGAUGAUCCAAUCGCCAACGCCCCCCGCCCCCCAAAUAGGCGUCCAGGCUCCACUCGAGUGCAGAAUCUCAAGGUUACUUCACGAAGGUUCGAUCUUUCUACCCUCCAAAUUCUACCAUCCACAAACCCUAACCCUAAUUCCAAAUUCCCAAUUUCCCAAUCUCUCUCUCUCUCUCUCUCUCUCUCUCUCUCUCUCUCUCUCAGUGCAAGAACCAUGUCUCACUUCGGUAGGUCUGGCCCUCCGGACAUCACCGACACCUACUCUCUCCUCGUCCUCAACAUCACCUUCCGUACGAGUGCUGAUGAUCUGUUUCCACUUUUCGAUAAGUACGGCAAGGUUGUUGACGUCUUCGUCCCCAGGGACCGAAGGACUGGGGAGUCGAGGGGCUUUGCUUUUGUACGAUACAAAUAUGCAGAUGAGGCUCAGAAAGCAGUUGAAAGGCUUGAUGGAAGAGUUGUUGAUGGCCGCGAGAUAACUGUUCAGUUUGCAAAAUAUGGGCCAAAUGCAGAGAGGAUUCAUAAAGGAAGGAUUUCUGAAGCUCUACCAAAAUCAAGGCACAGGUCAAGAAGUCGCAGUCCUCGGAGAAGGUACCGAGAUGACUUCAGAGACCGUGGCUACAGGAGAAGUCGCAGUAGGAGUUGGGACAGGUAUGACCGUGACAGAUACCAUGGGAGGGAUAGAGACUAUCGCCGACGAAGCAGGAGCCGCAGUGCCAGUCCUGAUUACUACAGGGGCAGGGGAAGGGGGCGCUAUGAUGAUGAAAGGCGGAGUCUGAGUCCGUAUCGGAGUCCACAUCGAAGUCGUUCUAUUGAUAGUGCCUCCCCUGCUAGGCGUAGCCCUAGUCCUCGUAAGAGCCCUUCCCCACUAAGCAGGAGCCGCAGUGCCAGCCCUGAUAGACGUAGUUGUGAUGGACAAUCCCCAACCUCUCGAAGUGCUUCACUACGCCAUCGUCCUGCUGAUUCUCAAAGCCCAUCCCCUCGAAAUUCAGAUGUUGAUGAUUGAUAUUGUUGUAUGGAAACUACCAUGGAAGCACCCCGUGUUGUGUACUUGUUGCAGCCCUGCUAAUGUCGGGGACCCCUGAUCAUCAUGCUUGUUUCUUUUGGAGUUUUUAAGUGCUAGUUUCAAUAGGACGGGUUUAUUUAGUACUCUAAUAUAUAAAUGCUGCACCUUGUGAAUUUUCUUUAUUUAGCUGGGAUAAUCUGGCAACUUGUGGGCUUGUAGUUUGUACAUUGGUUUUAUUUACAUAGGAUAGUCUGUUGUAAGUUUCGUAGUGUCUUUCCCUUCAUUUUUGUUCUUGUGCAGUUUACUAUUCGCUUUUAUCUUCUUUGUAGCAUUAUUACUGAUAUAUGAGUCUGUGGUCUUAAGUUGUCUAGUUCAGUUUAUAGGAAGACUGAUUCUUCAGGAACUAUUUCUUGGGUUUUAUAGUUGUUUGUGAAAAAGAGUGAUUGAGGCCAGGAUAAGAGGAUGUUGAUUCGCAGCCGUUGAUGCUGUUUCUAGUUUGUAGAUGGACGUCGUGGUUGUGAUGCUGGUUUUAGAAGUAUGAUUGUUUUUGCAGUGAGCUGGUUGCAGGGCCAGUAGGUUAAGCUGAUUUUCUCCAUACGUGAUAUAUGUUGCUGAUGCUGCAUGUGAGCUGGACAGACAUGUUCCUUAAGAACCUGAAAGGGUUUGUAGUUGCUGUGAUGGUAGAAGUUGAACUGGUGUUUCCCUGUAGCCUGAUGAUGCACAUGAGUAGGACCUGUCAUUGAGUAACCGUGAUGCGAAUACCCAAUCUGAAGUGUGGAUACUAACUAGGGAACCUUGUAUGUUGGGCUCAACUUUGCAGUCACAUUAAUGAGACACGGUAAACAGGUUUAUGGUUAAUUUCUUUAUGCUAUGUUUUGGAUGAGUGAUUUUCAGUUCCCAAGGGAUUGAUGUCAAGUUAGUAAGGGAUGAAUUACAAAAUAUUAGAUAAUAGGAGGGAUUAGAAAUGCACCAUAUUAGCAUUACAAAGGCAUGUAAAAGAGAUUUGUAAAUGACUCUUUCCUUGUAGGGAUUUGGAAACCCCUCUCACGUGCCUUUGUAUUGCUCAUAUGGUGCAUUUCCAAUCCAUUUUGUUGAACAUUGUGCGAUCCAUUCCUUAUUAACGACCUCAGUCCCUUGGGACUAUGGAAAUUCCAUAAUCCCGUAGGGUUUAAGGCUACUGUAUCUAGUCCCAACCUGUUUUCAAUUGUAUAACCUUUGCUGCUGAAUUUAUAUAUAUCUUGUAUCACACUUUCUUGGCUCUAGCUGUGAAGUGGUAGCUGGUCUGUGUUAUGUUGUAUCAUAGUCAUGUGUGGGUUCGGGACAAACUGAAGUUCUAGCGAAUAACCACGUGCAGCUUGCAGUUGCUGCCAUUAUAUGAUCGGUAGGCUAUGACCAGUUGGGGCACUGAUAAUGGCUGCUUGGCGCUAUGACCAGUUGGGGCACUGAGAAUGGCUGCUUGGCAAUCUAUCUCGCACGUCCUGAUUACCGAAAGAUUACUUUGCAUUCUGGUAUGCCUGAUUGAUAAAAUGAAAGAUUUACGUGCCAAUAAUUGCAUUUAACAAUUAACAAUGGGGUGCUCUUGUGAAGAUCACUUGUAUAUAAUGAUCCUUUGUCGAAUUAUCACAUCCUUUUGCUUUUCUUGUGCUACACAUGUAGGUUGUUGAGAAUCUUUACCUGUUUUUCUUUUCACAAUAAACAUUGAGUCCCUUUUCUUCGUUUA